ACGUGCUUUUAAAUGACAGUUAUGUGCUACAAAAUGACACGUUUGUAAAAGGGCAUCCAGCACUUUCGUUAGACUAAAUAUAGCCGUUAUCAGCCCAGCAACAUGAGUGUGCAGUUCACCAGGGUGAGCACAGAGCAUAUCAUUAACACAUGUGAAGUGUAACUGAACGUGUCAGAGAAUGACAGAUGAAGCCGCAGAAACCAUCAGCUGCAAGAAGACCAUUGAGAACAGAAGUUGUUUCUCCCGGUGACCUCAGCUCACCCACUCACAGAGUCCCCGCAAUCCUGGUUAUCAAAUGUGCUCAGCAUAGUCAUGGUCCACAGGACGGAAGUUAGAAAAUGAAAAAAAAGAAGAUGGAGAUGAGGAGGGUGAGCGUCUGGUGAAAUAAAGAGAACGACAGGACAACACUUACAGAGGACUGACGAGAGAAACACAACAAUGAUCGUGGUUUUUCUGCUCUGUGUCAUUGCAGGUACGCCAGCGGCCGCCCAAACUCUGGAUGUGUGUGCCACCUGCCACUCCAACGCCACAUGUGACGAGAAGCCAGACGGCACUGGCAAAGUGUGCAACUGCAAGUACGGGUUUGUUGGAAAUGGAAGAACUUACUGUCAGGAUAAAGAUGAGUGUCAAUUAGGAGCCAAUAAGAUCUGCGGGCAACACACCACGUGCCACAACACAUAUGGCAGCUACUACUGCACCUGCCUGUCUGGCUACAGCCCUUCUAACAACAUGGCCGUCUUCAUCCCAAAUGAUGGAACCCACUGCCAGGACAUUGACGAGUGCAGGAUCACAGGGUUGUGUGGAGAGGGAGGUCGGUGCAGGAACCUGGAGGGAACUUUUGAGUGCAGCUGUCAGCUGGGAUACCAAGUCCACAAUGGAGCAGAGCCUUUUCAUCCUCACAGAGACAAGGCUUCAUGCAAAGUGGUUGAAUGUGGCCAGCCUGCCUUAGUGGAGCACUCAGUGCUGCUUUCCGUCGCAGGGACCACAUAUGGCAGCGUAGCCACGUUUGGCUGUGAUGAGGGCUUCAUUUGGGGGAGUGGAGACGUCGCGUCUGUCUGUGGAGCUAAUGGACUGUGGAAAGGACCAACUAUGGUCUGCAAAGAGGUUGACUGUGGCUCUCCCCCUGCCCUCCCUCACUCUCAUAUGCUGUGGAACAAGAGCUCAAGGAUGGGCACUGAGGUGGUUUAUCAGUGUAACCCUGGCUAUCGUAAUGUUGGAAAGGGGAACGUCUCCAUUUGUACGCCUGCGGGACAGUGGGAAGCGCCGCCUGUGCUCUGCCAAGAGAUAUUGUGUGGAAGUCCUCCUACAAGUGAAUCCACCGAGCAGGUGUGGAACGGUAACACAGCUCCUGGCAGCACCGUGCUCUAUUUCUGUAAAAAGGGCUUUCUUAACAAAGGAGGACUUAAUGUGUCGGUCUGUGAUGAAAACGGUCAGUGGACAGCCCCAGCUCUGUCAUGCCAAGAGAUAUUAUGUGGGGAUCCUCCUAUACUGCCCCACACUGGGCAAGUGUGGCAUGGCAGCUCCAACCCUGGAAGCACAGUGACUUACUACUGUAAAAUAGGAUUUUAUCACAGUGAAGGAAAUAAUGUGUCAUUGUGCACAAUUUAUGGGUCCUGGACAAAGUCAAACAUCUCAUGCAAAGAGGUUAAGUGUGGUGUGCCCCCACCCAUCCCUCAUUCAGUCAUGCUGUGGGAUAAAGUUUCUACUGUGGGCUCUCAAGUUGUUUAUCAGUGUAAGUCUGGAUAUCGCAAUGUUGGGAAGGGAAAUGAAUCCGUUUGUACCGCCAGCGGAGAAUGGGAGGAGGCGUCUCUGCUCUGUGAAGAAAUCAACUGUCGAGAGCCUGUUUUUAAACCUCAUACUAAAAUGCUAUGGGAUAGCACAUCACACAUUGGCAGUGUGGUGUAUUACCAAUGUGAUGAAGGAUAUCACACCAGGAGCCUGAAAAACUACUCAGUAUGUGGAGAGAAUGGACAGUGGGAGGAUAUUGAUCUAUGGUGUGAAGCAAAAUGUGGCCUGGUUCCCUUCCUUGCCAACUCUGAGGUGGUGUGGCAUAACAGAAGUGUAGUGAUCCACCGCUGUGUGGAAGGGUAUCACAGCUGGAGGGGCAGCAACGUCUCUGUGUGUGGCAUCUCUGGGGUGUGGCAGGAAGCUACUCUGAGAUGCAUAGAAAUAAAGCCACCUAUCCAUCACCUAUAUGUUCUGGAUGAAAAAUGUGUGCAUUGGAAAGCAGAGAAGUAUGAGGAGGAUACAGAAGUUUACAAGGUUUCAUACAUCGGAUCCAGGGACUACCAGAGGUCCUUCCAUGAUAAAAGGAAGCGGUUUCUGAGCUCCAAGGCUGACCAGCUGGAACUCUGUCUCAACCUGCUUCCAGUCACAAACUACAGCAUCUCCAUCACUGCAGUGUCUGCCAGAUUCACAGCCACCAUCACCACUAACACCAGUUUACCAGCGCCUCCAGCACCAGUUGUUUUCUACAGAGAGUUUGAUACUCCUGUACCAACAUUGAGCCUAUGCAGAUCAGCCAACACACUGGACUCAAUAAGUUUGUACCAAGUGUUUGUGCUUCCUGUAGAGGAGAUUAUGGUAUUUGAUUGUUCCUAUCCUGGAAGCCCCGACACCUCAAGCAAAAGCAAAUCUCCUUCAGAGUACAUUUCUGCCCAGAUCCUCGUCAGACAUGUCGGAACAGAGAUGAACUUCACUGUUGGGGAUGGACUCCACUACGGAGGCUUCUACAAUGCACCACUGGAGAAUGGCAGGAACUAUUACAUCAUCUUACGAACUGUCAGCCAGUGGAAAACAGUCUUAAAAAGCUCCUGUCUCCUGUGGGCUAAAAUAAGAGGUACAUCCUACGUUCUGUGGGUUUCAUUGCUGUCUGCUGCUGUAUCAGUAGGAGUGGUUGCCUUGGCCAUUUUGGGUGGAUACAGUUGCAUCUGGUUUUUCAGGAAGACAUGACACCCCUCAGUGCUGAUGUUCUUUAAAUAAAGGUCUCGAUUUUCUACGUGUAAUUUUGUACAUUUUGUAAAUAAUUCUAAUAAACCUUGUCUCUGCCUGUAAUUCAAUUACUGGAUGCUAAUAUUUGCAGCAACACUGUCCGGAGAGCAUCAAUUUGUGUGUGUGAUAAACCUUUUGUCACAUUUUCCAUUAUCAGAACCUACAGUAAAAGCCAUGCUAGGCAGUGAAAUCCCAUUUAUGGUUAACUCAGAGCCUGUUCAGGCUAUGAUAUUAAUAAAAGUUCAAAACCUGACAAAACGUAAACCGGAGGCGCUCUAAACUCGCUCCGUCAGAGCUCCCAGCUUGCAUCAGUCUCCUGGCUCAGUCAGAGCUGGGCAAAGGGGCACUCUGUGAAACUGUGGACCCCCUGUCGAGAACCACACAUCAGUUCUGACACAGAACGGGGCUACUGAACAUAAAUUCAUGCAUUAAAUCAUGUCAUAUCUUAGUUAUAAUAUAUAACUAAGCCAACCUUUUUAAAUUGUGAACCCUUGUAUUU